AUGCCAGUCACUCGUUCUCAGACCCAAUUCCCCCAGCAAAGGGCAGGACGAUCUCCGCGAGGUCGGGCUCGAGGUCGCGGUCGUGGCCGUGGCCGUGGCCGCGCUCAACCUCCAGCACUAACUAUAGCCCCUGUUUCGGGAUACGCAGGUCUUCAGUAUGAUACCCAACACCUGUCUCCCAGCUCUACUCAGACAGCUGUUGAAGGUUUGGAGUCCAUGUUCUCGGUCGAUCUUGUACGACCAUACGGAGAUGGCAGAGAUAGAUAUUAUGCCUUCCAGCUAAGAAUUCCAGUUGCAGUGCGAGUAUACAAUCCGGAUAGUCAACGAAUACUGCAAGACAGGGUCGAAUGUUCUUGUCAGGGUUAUCGAAUGUCACGAAGUGCAUGUCCGCAUCUAUAUUGGCUCUUUGGACGCUUUCAUGCCAUCUUGAGCGAAGACCAGCAAGUAGCCAGCUCGGAAAAUUCCACACAAAUAGAAGUGACUUCUCGCUUGAGUGAGCUGUACCCUCUCAUUGAGGAACGGCAUGUUUCCUUACCCAUGAGUCUCAACAACGUUGAAGGGGACGACGAAGAAGAACUCACGAAAAUAGACAGUCUAUGUGAUAUUCUCUCAAGCUUUGAUGAGGGUCGCACCCCAAGCGAGUACAAGCGCGAUGUUGUAGACAACCAGCAGCCACCAAUGUCUUUCGACGACAUCUUCGUUCCAGGAGAUAUCUCCCGAACGAUCUAUCGGCUUGCAAUCUAUGAUGAAGCCUUCUAUCAGUACCUGCGGCAGGUGGUACCACCCGACGUGUGUGCCAGGCAGUACUAUAAUAAGCAGCGUCAGAGAGCGAGGCUUGCGGUUCAAUGCCUUGGCCAUUAUGGUCGGAGUGGACCUCAAACCGGACACGCAAGGAACAAUAGUAACCGCCCUUCCCGAAUUUCAUCUUCCCCUUUCAUACCACUUCUUGAGUCUGAAGACAAUUUUGAGGAAUAG